AUGAAGGGCCAUACUACAAGUAGACGAGCUUUGAUCCCUCGUAACAGGUCAAUAGAAUCUGUUGGUGGUCCGGAUUCGGCACUUAUCAUAGCGGGUGAUAUUGGUGGGACCAAUUGCAGGCUACGACUUAUGCUCGUAUCGAAGGCCGACGACGACGACGGCGUUGCAGAGGAGAGUAUUGGGAGUAGUACGGAUUCGGAAAAUGAAGAGCCGAAGACCGAGACGCAGUUGCUGUUCACAGCGAAGUAUCCGACAGUUGAAUGUCCUAGUUUUGAGGAGGCCCUUGCUCGGUUCAUAUCUGAGGCACCAGCACUAGAGGACGCCGAUCUAUCUGGGGUCGUCUGUGUGGUUGGAUUGCCCAGUGAUGUUAAAAACAAUAAAGUUGCUCGAAUAGCGAAUAUUCCCCAUUGGGUGGACACUGAUGGUGAUGCCGUCGCGACAAAGCUCGGUCUUGGCAAAAUCGUCCUCCUCAAUGACUUUGAGAGUGCUUGCUGGGGUAUUCCUAUGCUUAAAGAGUCCCAGCUUAUAUGCCUUAACCCUGGUAUUCCUAUCAACAAGGCGCGGACGUCUGCUCCAGCGAUCACUAGCGUUCUUAUUGGUCCUGGCACUGGACUUGGUGAAGGUUACUUGGUCACGGCUCGAGCAACGAACCAUGUGUCGGCCCAUGCUUCGGAAGGUGGCUGGGUGAGCUUUUCCCCACAAGAUGAGGAGGAGUUCAAGCUAAUGCAGUUUGUGAAGAAGGACUUGGGCGUUGAGCGAGUGGUCGUGGAGCACUUGACUGCAGGGCCUGCCUUACCUAUGUUGGCUCGCUUCUAUGGACAGGAGGAGGGUAUGGACAUCAACGACUUGCCUAAGACUGCUCCUGAGGUGGCAGGGAAAUACGGGAAGUGCUCGGUCUGCACCAAAGCGUGUGAUAAGGCUAUGGAGGUCUUGGGACGGGAGCUGGCUUUCUUAUGCUUGAAGUUCAAACCCCAAGGUGGCAUAUUCCUCAUCGGCAAUGUCGUCGACUCACUGAGGGAUUCUAUAUUGGCUGAGGACUCGAGCUUAAGGAGGGGUCUCUUUCAUAGUCUGCACCACUCAAUUCUAGAGGGUAUCGUUAAUGACACUCCCAUCAACAUAGUGAAUGUCAGUGGCGUGAGUAUGGGCAUGGAAGGGGCCAUCAAUAGGGCCACUCGUCUAGCAUUAGCUCGAUUGUAGGCAUUCUCCGUUUUCAAACAGAAGUGGCGCAUUUUUAGGGCUGCUGCGCAUUAAGAUUGUGUUGUUGUUGUUGUUGCUCUCGUCAUCGUUCCAUUGUAAGGUAGUAAGAUGUAGAUAGGCGGCCUUUCCUGUUACCCAAUUGUAGACCAUUGUAUAUCGUUCUGGUUGUUGACUUGCGAGGGGCAGGUGACAACAUUCUCAUACCCCCUAUUGUAAUUAUUGUUAAUCAUCAAUCGAUUCAAGAGUGAUGAUGACCUAUUAGUGCAGACGAAGCCCUUGUGCGGUAUGUCACCACCAAUGGGCGUGCUAUCUUAAACUGUCCUUUUCUCUC